AUGUCAUUGCCAGGUUACUAUGGGUAUCAUGAAGACGCCGAGAAAGUCACUGCAACUACUCAUCAAGAGGGUUUCCGCUAUUAUACCCCCUAUGACAACACAGCCGUUAUGGUACGUGAUCUCGAUGCUGCGCACUUACUUGUCAUACCCUACAGCGUCACCAACCUAACAAAGCGGCCCGAAAACAAAUAUCCGAAUAGAGAUAAUGUUAUCGAGAUCCUGUGCAACGCCCGUGCGUGGCGACGAUGGGUUGCUGACUCUGUUCAAUAUGACCCGUCUCAGCUUGCAUGGGUAACCUUCAACGUAAUGCCAGCUGAGAUCACGUCGCAAAAACAACCAAGUCGAGACCGCGGUGACAUAUCCCCUGUCCUCCUACCAUCAAGAACUGGUCGACGGGGAUUACUGAAGCUUUGUCCGGAAGAAAAACCCCAGGGGUGGUGGUACGGCUCAAACGUCAUAUCCAUGGGAGGCGCUGUAAUAUGA